CUGCUUUGGGAGCCCAGAGGAGGAGAAAAGAGCUCCGGGGCGCUCAGGACGCGCGGGAGAAUCUUUCCCAGAGCUUUCUGCCUACGGAAGGGCUCAGCUUUCCAGCGCACAACGGAGGCUUUCAGCAGCUCCAGAACCAGGGGACGCGGCAAUUAAAGAGAAGGUGCUUGCUAGCAUUCCCAGUCCUAAAAAGUGAGCCUGCUACUUGAUUUGGAAAGCCAGAAAUACUCACCGCAGCAGCCACCGCAGCAAGAAUAAGAAAGGCGAAACUGAAUAAGGACCGGCUCCUCUCUAAGUCUCCCAACUGGCAUGGCAUCUGUCCUGGGGAGCAGCGGCAGAGGAUCUGGAGGGCUAAGCAGUCAACUCAAAUGCAAAUCCAAGAGGAGAAGAAGGAGGAGGUCCAAGAGGAAAGACAAAGUAAGCAUAUUGUCAACCUUCCUCGCUCCCUUCAAGUACCUAAGUCCUGGCACCACAAACACGGAGGAUGAAGACAAUCUAAGUACCAGCAGUGCUGAAGUGAAGGAAAACCGAAAUGUGAGCAACCUGGGGACUAGGGCCCCGCCCCCUGGAGACUGGGCCAGAGGCAGCGUGCCCAGCAUUAAAAGGAAAAGGCCACUGGAGGAAGGAAACGCGGGGCAUUUCUGCAAACUCCAGCUGAUCUGGAAGAAGCUCUCCUGGUCUAUGACACCCAAGAAUGCCCUGGUCCAGCUGCAUGAGCUGAAGCCGGGUCUGCAGUACCGGAUGGUGUCACAGACGGGCCCAGUGCACGCCCCAGUCUUCGCAGUGGCUGUGGAAGUGAAUGGGCUCACUUUUGAAGGCACGGGGCCCACUAAAAAGAAAGCCAAGAUGCGGGCAGCAGAGAUGGCCCUGAAGUCCUUCGUGCAGUUCCCCAAUGCAUUUCAGGCCCACCUGGCCAUGGGCAGUAGUACCAGUUCAUGCACUGACUUCACCUCUGACCAGGCUGACUUCCCAGACACGUUGUUCAAGGAGUUCGAACCAUCUUCAAGAAACGAGGACUUCCCGGGCUGUCGUCCCGUCGACCCGGAGUUUCUGUCUUCCACCUACCGGCGAGGACGGCUGUUCUACCACACACUGGACCUCAUGGGCCAGGCUCUGCCCGACAGGUCCAGGCUGGCCCCCGGGGCUCUGGGCGAGAGGAACCCUGUAGUGGUGCUGAAUGAGUUACGCUCAGGUCUACGGUAUGUGUGCCUCUCGGAAACAGCCGAGAAGCCCCGAGUCAAGAGUUUUGUCAUGGCUGUGUGCGUGGACGGGAGGACGUUCGAAGGCUCUGGACGCAGCAAGAAGCUGGCCAAGGGCCAGGCAGCACAAGCUGCUUUGCAGGCCCUCUUCGACAUCCGACUGCCUGGCCACACACCCAGCAGGAGUAAAAGCAACCUCUUGCCACAGGAUUUUGCAGACUCUGUGUCCCAGCUGGUCACACAGAAGUUCCGUGAGCUGACAGUUGGCCUGACAUCUGUGUAUGCCCGCCACAAAACACUGGCAGGAAUCGUCAUGACAAAAGGCUUGGACACCAAACAGGCGCAGGUCAUCGUCCUGUCCUCUGGGACCAAGUGCAUCAGCGGUGAGCACAUCAGUGACCAGGGGCUCGUUGUCAACGACUGCCACGCUGAAAUUGUGGCCAGGCGGGCAUUUCUUCACUUCCUCUACACUCAGCUGGAGCUGCACUUGAGCAAGCAUCGAGAGGACUCCGAGAGAUCAAUAUUUGUUCGUUUAAAGGAAGGAGGCUACAGGCUUCGAGAAAACAUCCUCUUCCAUCUCUAUGUGAGCACGUCCCCCUGCGGAGAUGCCAGACUCAACUCUCCCUACGAAAUCACCACAGAUUUGAACAGCAGCAAACACAUCGUCAGGAAGUUCCGAGGCCACCUGCGCACCAAGAUUGAGUCUGGGGAAGGGACAGUCCCUGUCCGAGGUUCCAGUGUAGUCCAAACGUGGGAUGGCAUCCUGCUGGGGGAGCAGCUAGUCACCAUGUCCUGCACAGACAAAAUUGCCAGCUGGAACGUGCUGGGACUGCAAGGUGCUCUUCUCUGCCACUUCAUCGAGCCCGUGUACCUCCACAGCGUCAUCGUGGGAAGCCUGCACCACACGGGCCACCUCGCACGGGUCAUGAGCCACAGGAUGGAGGGCAUCGGCCAGCUGCCUGCCUCCUACCGGCAAAACAAGCCUCUCCUUAGUGGCGUGAGUAACGCCGAGGCCCGGCAGCCAGGAAAGUCUCCCCAGUUCAGUACCAACUGGAUCGUGGGCAGUGCCGACCUGGAGAUCAUUAAUGCCACAACUGGGAAGAGGAGCUGUGGGGGCUCAUCCCGGCUCUGCAAGCACGUGUUUUCUGCUCGGUGGGCACGGCUGCAUGGUAGGCUAAGCACACGGAUCCCCGGUCAUGGAGACACACCGUCCAUGUACUGUGAGGCCAAGCUGGGGGCUCACACCUACCAGUCUGUUAAACAGCAGCUCUUCAAGGCUUUUCAGAAAGCUGGUCUUGGCACCUGGGUGAGAAAACCACCAGAGCAAGAUCAGUUUCUACUAAGUCUCUAAGUCGCUAGACUCCUUUGCUGUUAGAGCAGAACGAAACGCCCGGAGGAGACGCCGUUGUAUGGUGGUGUGGUGUGUCCAUCCACUCUUGACGUUGUUCUCCUUCAGUGUUCAGGAACACACGUGUUCAUGUCUGGAUCGGAGACUAGAUUUGAGUUUUGUUCAUGCUGCUUCUCCCUGGGUUGUUAGUUCCAAGAACUCUGUCCACAUAGCUAGAGGUAGAAGCACUAUUGCAUUAGCCCCAUCCCUUCCUGGUGUCAAAAGGAAAGAAUCUUUUCAGGCAAGGGGAGCUCAGAGGCAAGAUUGGAAAGUAGUACUUACGUGUAGCCUCAUGCCCCAUCCUCCGUGCUUCCCUCCCUUUCAUGGGCCUCUCUAGUGGUGUGAUCGAAUCUCCCCAGCACAAGUUUAUAUGACUUCCAUAUAAGCCACAGGUGAAAAGAAAAGCCAUGGGCUCUAUAACUCCAAAGAACCCAACAGGAAUGAAUGCUGAACUGUUUUCAUUAGACAUUCAGGCCUUUCCACCGUCUUUCAAAAGUUCUUGAGAUGGACACUGUUAAAGAGGAACUAAAGUCAAUGAAAACCCUGUUUAUGACACGAAGGGAUAGUUACCUGAGACAAACAAGAGUCGUGAUCCAUGAUCUAAGAAAACUGCUUUUCAUCUGCCCAGUGGUAGAAUGUUUCUAACAAACCCAGGCCUAUUCCUUGAUCGCAAAAUUGUCAUUGCUUUUCGUAGAUAUGACAGCCAUGGAAGGGAGAUCUGAAGAAUGGUUGUAACUACGACCCAACAAUCUCUACAUUAGGUAACAGUAAUAAAACCGAGUCUUAGAGAAAGUUCUGAAUUUUAAAAUGAAUUGUUCAAAUAAAGAAAGCAUACACACACACAUAAAACACUCAACAAAAUCUUUAGGUUUGAGGAGCUACUCUAUUAUUUUAGAUUUCUUAAUCAUCAUCUUGCAUGAAUAAAAUAAUAAUAAUUUUAACAAGAAUAGUUGUGAUUUAUCAUAGCUGCCAAAAUUAAAGAGACAGAAUUAUUCCACUUUUAGAAUGUGCAUCAAAGUUCAUAGCUAGGCAUAGAUCUCUUUAAUAUUUAACCUAUAUCAUCGUCCCUAAGAGAAGAAGACCCAGACAAAGGGAGGCAUGUUGGUAACAUAUUUUUAGUCAACCCAUGUUCCUUGAAUUAAUUUUUCUACUUGAAGCUCAUUUCUAAUAUUCAUCAAGUUAGUUAACAUGUGUGUAAUCUUUUUUAUUUAAAAAUAUCCCAUCUUAUGGGCUGUAGAGAUGGCUCAGCAGUGAAGAGCAUUUGAUGUUCCUAGAGAGGUCUGGUUCAAUUCCCAACACUCAUAUAGCAACUUACAUCCAUAACUCCAGAUUCAGUGGUUAUGACACCCUCUUCUGGCCUCUGAGGGCUCCAUGCCCCCAUGCAAUACAUUUAUAUACAUGUGGGCAAACUAUCAUAUAUAUAAAAUAAAAAUAAAUAAAUCCUUUUUAACCCCAUCUGAACUGCAUUAUUGGUUUUUUGUUUUGUUUAAAAAGUAUAGGAGGAACCACUUUUAGAACAUGGAAUUCCUGAGUAGAAUUCCAGCUCACCAAUCCUCAAUAAAAAUUCAACCAUUACAGCAUGUAAUAUUCUAACAUAUAUUGCAGAUAUCAUAAGAACGAGGUAAACCUGAAAUAUAUUAAAUUAUAGUUAUCUGAUACAAGAAAAAGAAGAGUGGAAAUACAAACUCCUUGGAUUUAAUAUGAGACCACAUUUAUCACUAACAUCCUUUGAGAAAAGAAUAUAAAUACCAUUGUAAAAGCAUUUUCAAGAUAAACUUUCAAAGAAAUGCAAAUGCAAGUUUAAGUACUGAGGAAAAUGGACUCUUCACUCAGUGUAAAGGCUAUAAUCAAGGGCCAGCUUGUAGUGAUCUCUGAUAACUUGGUGUACAACUAGGAGGAAGCUUGAAACCUUAAGAGCUGAGUUGUGACUUAUGUGUUGUCUUUCAACCAUUAGGUACAGUUACUUCCUGACUGAAAUCUAAGACCUCCCUCAAAUUACUUGUGUUUUGAGGGGUGGAAUGGAGAAUACACAGCACUUCAUAACAGUGUGCUUCAAACAGUGUCAUCAAUUAUAAAAAAUUGGCAUUAACUGCAGGAUCCUAAAUAUUCCCAUCAUGUGAUGGAAAGAGGAAGAAUAGGACAACAUGCACGUAUUCCCAGGAAAUGCCACCCUUUUGGCCUGUGCAAGAGCCAUGGGAAGCAGUCGAUUGCCCAACAGUGAGCACCACCAUGUGCAUAAAUUGCAGGUCUAGUGCUAUGACUCAUGGUAUCUAAGGUGCCGUUUCCUCAGGAGCAAUCCGAACUUUCCUAAAGAUGAAUAUCUCCUUUAAAAUAAAGCCACCCAUUGAAUUUGUUCUACCCCUUAGCACUAGCAUAGAGAUUUGCUUACUGAUUUUAAUUAUGUGGGCUGGAGGGUUUGUGCGUGUGUGUGCAGGAGGCUGCAGGAAGAUGAAGAGGGUGUCAGAGUUGCUGGAGCUAGGAUUACAGACAGUUGGGAGAUACUUUAUGUGGGUGCUGGGAAUCAAACUUGGGUCCUCUGGAAGAUGAUGCUCUUAGUCACUGAGCCAACUUCCCAGUCCUGAGAAUCACCUAUUAAGUCAACAGGUAAUUCCUAGCGAGGAGCGCUAGGGAUCCAGAUAUGUCUAUAGCAGGAAGAGAUAUUUCUGAUGCUGCAAAUGGGAUUUUAAGACACUACUUUAGGCUUCCCUGCAUUUUAGCUACUGGGUUGGUGACUUGGAAGCAGCUCAGAAACACCCCAUAUGAAGUUUCUAUAAGAAAGAAACACACAUUGGUCAUAUUUAUCUUUCAGUCAUCCCGAAAGCAAAUACAGUCAAACAAAUCAAAAAGAAUAUGGGUAGAAUAUAAAGAGGACAGGCAGAUAUCUUAGCCACCUUGAUUGUUCCUUAUCCACCUGAUUUAUCUCAAAACUACCCCCAUAUCUCUUUGAUCAUUGCACCCUUUGUUUGCAAAUCUUCUGUCUUCUGUAUCCACACCCUUUGAGUCUCACUCCUAAAAUCCAAAUAGAAGUCAACAGCAUCUUUAUCUGCUUCCAAAACAUGUUGCUUUCCUAUUGGGGAGAUAAGCGAUUUAAGGUUCCCUGCCUGGUUCUCAGUCAAAAAGCCAAUGUCUGUUAAUUUGUGAGUCUUUCCACAGGACUGAAUCUCAUGAUAAAGUUCAUGAGGACACAGAAACACUGCUCAUCACCUCCAGCAAAAGAUGUAUAAUAUCAAGUUACUGAAUUUAAGAUUUCUUUGAAUUUUGUUUUUUGCCCAGGAAAAGAUUUGAAAAUCUCUGACAAUCGCUUCCUUUUGAUUUCUGUGAUCCUCUUUGUACCUGUAUAUAUCUAUCAUGUCACUAUUGAUUUUGUAAUGUCUUGUCCCUCACAAACGUCAGGCUAAGUUGCUUUUCUAAAAGAUGCAUAGCUCAUAUUUUUCCCAUAUAAUUUCCUUUUCAUAGGACAGUUCUUACCAAUAAAUUUAAAUGCUUUUUGUAUAGUGUUUACCAUAUUUGAUGAGCCAUAAAUAGUAAAUACAUAGUAUAUCAAUUCCCAGAAUAGAAUAGUUACAGUAUUUUGAUGAAAUCCUAUUUUUAGAUUAUAAAUUUCAAGAUGAGUCUAUAGUAUCUUGUUUAAAAAAUUUAAAAAGACAACUGAAAUUUAAAUAGAGUAGACUUUUUUAUUUAGGGAAACUUCUAUGAUCAUUUUCAAGAGGCCAUUCUAAAAAAUGACCUAAUUGGCCCAGAAGAUAAUAAAUAUCACUUUCUAAUAGCAACCAAAGGGAAUUUAGAAAAUGUCUUUCUUUUUAUGUACUACCAGUUGGCUGUUGUAACCACAUUUUCCAGCCAAAGUCUUAGCAUUCAGAAAAACCUAUUUCUCCAUCACUCUUAUUGAGGACAGUUUUCAGAAUCUACAGUCUUGUAUAGGACUAAGAAAUCUAGUACGCUGAACAUUUUGAAGAACAAUCCCAGCUUUGGAUUUUUGCAGAGUUCGUGAAGGAGUAGAGAACUCAAAGUGCUGCCUCAGGAAAGGAUAUGCCACCAAGAACCA